AUGUCAAAUCCAAUGCAAUCUUCGAUACCUGUAAAUCCUGUUCGCGGCCAUUUUGAUCAACCCGCUUACAACUCUCAGUUUCAACGUGGACGUCAGCAAGAACGUCGACCACGUGGAUUUGACGUUGAUCGACAACAUCAACGGUCUUCUGAUUACCAAGUGGGGAUUCAUCGAAUGUUGCCGAAGACUCCGAAUGUCCAUCAUCACUCAAAUAAUAAUUACACGGAUUCGUCGCGUAACUUUCCUUCUUUCCCACAUUCCCAACCGGUUUCCCGCUAUGACCAUUUUGGGAAUCGCCAAUUUCCAAUGAACGGACAGUUUGAGUCCCAAAGAUUCGAGCAGUCCCACGCGGAUCGUUCGUCCUUCAAUAAUUAUUCGAUGAAAUUUCGACCUUAUAAUAAAGACCAAUUGAGUGCGGGAAUGCAUCUUGAACCAGUUCUAUGGGAGAAUGAACAUCUGGAAGAAGCAAAUUAUUGUGGAUAUACGGAACAUCCCGAUGUAGCGAAAUUAUCUGAUGAAGAUGUUAAACAAAUGUAUCGUGAUAUGGAGAUCACCGUCCAAGCCCAUGGAAAGCCUGUCCCAAAUCCAAUCCAGAGCUUCGAUCACGCUCCAUUUCCAGAUUGGAUGAUUGGUGAAUUGUACCGCCUGUAUUCAUCACCGACUCCAAUUCAAUGUUGUGGAUGGCCAAGUGCGUUGUCAAGCCGUGAUAUGAUUGGGAUUGCCCAAACCGGCUCGGGAAAAACCCUUGCUUACUUGCUUCCAGGAAUUAUUCAUAUUGAAAAACAGCCGCCGCUGCGAAGUUUUGAUGGUCCUUUGGUCCUUGUGUUGGCGCCAACGAGAGAAUUGGCCAUGCAAAUUGAAAAAGAGGCAUUCCGGUUCGCGGCAGUUGACCCAAAUCGUCUUCGAGUCGUUUGCGUUUAUGGCGGGGUGCAGCGAGGACCCCAAGCGAUGGCUCUCCAAAAUGGCGUUCAUAUUUGCAUCGCAACACCAGGAAGGUUGCUUGACUUCCUCGAAACGAAAACCACAAAUCUAAAACGCGUGACUUACUUGGUACUCGAUGAGGCUGAUCGGAUGCUUGAUAUGGGAUUCGAGCCUCAAAUCAGGAAAAUUGUUUCACAAAUUCGACCUGAUCGUCAGACUCUGAUGUGGUCAGCCACGUGGCCAAAGGAAAUCCAAAACUUGGCGCGUGAUUUCUGUCGCUACGAUCCAGUUCGCGUAACUGUUGGUUCUCAUGAUCUCCAAGCAAACACAUGUAUUCGUCAAAUCGUCGAAGUUUGUCCCGAUAAUGCGCGAUUUCCGAGAUUGCUCCAACACCUGAGCAGCAUUCCAGGCGAAGUGACAUCCGGACCAUCGAAUAAAAAGAUCUUGAUUUUCUGCGAAACGAAGCGUGGUUGUGACAUUCUUCGGGACAGUCUUCAGAGAAAUCGAUUACCUGGCGUCAAAAUUGCAUCCAUCCACGGGGAUAAGGAACAACGAGAACGUGAUCGGAUUCUUGGAGAUUUUAAGAGCGGACGAGUAAACACACUAAUCGCAACAGAUGUUGCAUCGCGUGGAUUAGAUAUCAAAAAUAUCGAUCUCGUUAUCAAUUUUGAUGUCCCAAAGACCAUUGAAGAUUAUAUUCACCGUAUUGGACGAACUGGAAGAGCUGGGGCUCAAGGGACUGCGAUAACGCUCUUCAACGAUGGGAUCAACGACGCAGAGAAGUUCAGAAUGGCGAAGGAGAUUUCGUCAGUCAUCGCUGAUGUUGGCCAAACGCCGCCCGACGAUCUUCUUGGCUUGGCGCGAAUGGCAUCACCUGGGAAUCAAUCACGCGGAUUUUAUGGAGGAAACAGAGGUGGCCGGGGGGGAAGGUUCAAUGGUGGGGGUUUCAAGAAUUUUGGAAACGGAAGGGGGGGAAGAUCACCCCGUGGUCGUGGAGGAUUUCGACAAUCCCCUCAGGCUGAGGGUCCAAACAACAACUCUCAUCAUCCCAAAUAUAAUUCGGAGCAACCUCGAUUUGAUGGAGGAUUGAAGUAUAGA